AUGCUGUCUGAAAAAGCAGUCCUGCAGUGCCUGAGGGUGUGCUUGAUGGGAGACUCUAGUCAGAGCUCAGAAGACCAGAAUGCUGACAGAAAUGCUGCUGCUAAAAACCAAGCUGAGGAGGUUUCUGCUGGGAAGGACAGCAUUGGGAGCCGGACUGCAGACAGUGUGUGUUAUGGCUUGACAGAAAGUUUGCGUUUUGCUCCUGUCAAGAGACUUUGCCUGAGACUGGGAUUAAGGAUGAUCUAUGAAGAGCCAAGAGAUGUAGGAGUUAGGAUCAGGUUGCUGGUUGAAUGUCGCCUCUGUCUCUCAGAGGAUACAUCAGAGCUGCGCUUCCUAGAGUUUAUAUGCACAUACAUACCAUCUGGCGAUCUCUUCAUCAGUGCAGAAACUGAUGAAGCAAGUCCGGAGUGGGGCCUGAAGCCAGAGUUCAUAGGCAGUUCUCAGUUGGUGCUGGUGUCACCCAUCUACAAAUCACUUUGCAAAGCAAGGUACUUAAGCCCUUCACAGCAACUGCCCGAUGUACAAGAAUAUCCCCUGAAGUUAGCGAAAUCACUUGAUGAAGGAACCUUUAAUGAUUGCAGUCACAGAGAAGCUUUGAUCAUAACAGUGGCGCUCAAAGCUAAGCAUGCAUUGCAGUGCAGCCGUGGUAUAACACAGAUUGCCAGACUGCCUCUAGAAUUUAUGAUUGGGCAGUCUCCCCUUGCCAUCCUUCCUAUCUACAUUUAUGGACGCAUUUCGCUCCCUGCCUCGACUCUGGUCCCCCCAGAGCUUCCUAGAGUCUUGCCCUGCCAGCACAGAACUCGCCACUUGGGAGAGGGCGCCCACCCUGGGGCGCGUUGCGUGAAAGCCUGGCAGCUACACCUCGCUUCUUCCUCCUCCUGCCCUCAGCCGCGGACCUUCACGCCACAUCCCCGCGCACCCGGCGACUCGGGUCGUCCCUGGCCUCGCGGGCCCCACCCCUCCCCAGGUCUACCCCGCGAUCGGGCGGGAGACAAGUUGAAUGGGAAGAUGGAGAUGGAUGUUGAGGGAGUUUCUCCGCGCCCGGAGCCCAUCCCCCGCUCCCAGGGGGCCGGCGGAGCCUGCCAGGCGCCGCCGCCGCGGACCCAGCCCCAGCCGCAGCGAGAGCAGCCGCGGGCUCAGGAUGAACUGCCCGGCGAGAGUGCAGGCGCUGGGGACGGCGAAGAUCCCGAGACGAGGUCCAGCGGCGAGAGAGGCGAGAGCAAGAGAUAGUGUGGACUGCAAGGUGAUGGGCGUGACCUCCAAGACUCCACAUCACUCACUGGCUGUGCAAGGCUUAUGCUACCCUUCCAGAGAGGCAGCAAGAAGGAAGCUUGAGGAGACCCCAUUCCUUGGCCAGAGAGAGGAUGGUUCUGGGGAGCUCCUGAAACACACUGAGGAAGGUGCUGCUGUUGCAUAAGACAGACACGCCGCUCCUUGAGCCAAGAAGCACCUAGAGUGGAAUUCAAGCCCAUCAUCCUUAUGGACUGACGUUCUCACCAUGACAGUUCUGAAUUGGACUGGUUUUCCUUGGGUCACUUACAUAAUGCACAAUUCUCUGUGACUUUGACUGAUUUGCUUUAUUUUUUCCUGUCUUUCUUUUCUUGGCCUGGGAAUCAUAAAAAAGAAUUGUUCUAUAUGGUAUGAUCUGUGAUGAAAUGAGCCUUGUUUAUGUUCUUAGGGAAUUUCUAAAUUGAAGUUCCAUGUUAAUUAGUAAACGUGCCCAUAUAGUUUGAUUUGUAUCUCGCCCAUUUUUAGAUUAAAAAUAUAUUUCCUUUUUUCUCAAAGUGUGGAUUUAGGUAAUGACCCAAGUCACAUUUGCUUAGCUACUGAAAAGAUCUCAAUGUGGUAGUGGUUGGAAUUAAAAUAUAAUCAAACAUACAUUAUACCUGAGGCUCUUACACACCAUUUGAUAUAAAUGUUAUACUGCAAAGGAACAUAAAUCUUACAGGUUGAAAUGUAAUUCCUCUUUGAUCAUGUAGGGAAAAUAGCAAAAAAUUAUGAAUAUCAAAAGUGGCUUUAAGUAUCACAAAUGUGAGCUAACCAACACUGGAACACUGGAAAGUUUCAAAAUGUCAUCAUCUAAGACAAAGCAGGAGUCGAAGAGCAACUGUCCUCAUCAGUGGUGUUGCUCUGGUGUCUCUGUGGCUUUUCUUACUUGAGGGAGGUAAAGAACUUGGCACAUUUCUGUGACUGGGUGUACAGAAGCUAUAGUACUUCUGACUGUUCUGUAACUGUGCCUGCCUAUCAAUAAAAUGUUUUCAGUUGA